GACGGCAAAGAGACGAGGAGCCCAGACAUCACAGAGCUGCAGGAGACACGCUUCUAAUGGAAAACACGUUACCAGCUGGGAAAAUGCAGAGAAUAUGUGAGAGAGCCUCCAAAAUAUUUCAACAAACUCGUGCUCUCUUAUGGAAAAAUAUUCUUAUGGUGUGGAGGAUGAAAAUGGAAACUUUUCAGGAGUGGUUUACAUCGCUGCUUUUUGUCUUCGUAAUAUACACGUCAUCAAAACUGAUGUUCCAUUACCCACGGCAAGAAAUCCCUUACGACUUCCUUGGACACUUAGAUGAUCCUGCCUUUAAUGCUACUGGAGUUACACUUGCAUAUACACCUGUAACAAGCACCACCAGGCAAAUAAUGAAUAAGGUGGCUUCAGAUUCUGUAAUGAUGGGUAUAAAAACCGAAGAAGUGGAAAAUGAGGAAAUGCUGGAAACAAAAGGAACUUUGGAUAGAGACCUUAUUGGUGUUGUUUUUAAGGACGACUCCUCCUAUAGUCUCAGAUUUCAAAGCUACAAUAUGAUAGCUCCAAAUGAUGUCUUUGACGAUAUUGAGGCCUGCUCCAAUUUUUCAUCGAGCUAUUGCAACAUUCCUUCGUACUGGUACGCAGGUUUUUUAUCACUGCAGUCCAGCAUUGAUGCAGCAGUGAUAGAGAUGAAAACAAAUCAUUCCGUCUGGGAAGAGAUGAAAUCAAUUAGUGGCAUUCGUCUGAAAUCACCCUUGAUCAAACCUUCACAUAAAUUGGAAUAUAUUUGGUUCAUUUUUUGCAUUCUGUUGUGUUUCUCUCCAUAUAUGUACUUUUUAUCACUGAAAGUUAUAAGAGAGAAAAAGAAGCUCAAGGUUUUAAUGACAGCAAUGGGUUUACAAGAUAUCGCAUUCUGGUUGUCCUGGACCUUGCUAUACACCGUUUACAUUUCAAUAAUGGCAAGCAUGCUGGCAGCCAUCACGGUUAAUGAAGUCAUCUGUGAAGGCAACUUUGCUGAAAUAUUUUUCUUUUAUUUCUUUUAUGGCAUAGCAUCUAUUCACUUCUAUUUUAUGCUCAGCUCAUUGGUAAAGCAGCCUAAUAUUGCCAUUUUUGUGGGAUUUGUCCUUCACGUUAUCUUUGGAUGUCUGGGCUUUAUGACAUGGUUUGAAAAACUACCUCCACCUUUGGAAUGGAUUUUUAAUCUCGCCAGUCCUUUUGUCUGUACAGCUGGGAUCUCAAAGAUUAUAAAAUUAGAAAAAUAUGGUGCAACGCUUACACCAGAGUUGUAUCCUUUCUUUAACCUAUACAUCAUACUGACCCUUGACAGUGUUUUAUAUAUGCUGUUGGCCAUCUACUUCAAUAAAGUUCUACCUGGCAAAUAUGGAGUACAGUAUCCUCCUUCAUUCUUCCUGAAACCAUCGUUCUGGUUCCAAAGCAGGAGCAGAUACACAGGGGAGAGAGCUGGCAAUAGGACCAGCCAUGGACCUCUCCUCAGUAAUAAUGAGGAGCCGAUGCCCCCAGAGUUCAAUGGGAAGGAAGCGAUCAGACUAAGCAAUAUUAAAAAAACAUAUAAAAAGAAGAACAAGAGAACAGAAGCUUUAAGAGGCUUGUCGUUAAAUGUUUAUGAAGGCCAGAUCACUGCAUUACUUGGUCACAGUGGAUCUGGAAAAACUGCUGUAUUAAACGUGCUCAGUGGAUUUUCCCAGCCUUCAGCAGGUUCUGCAAUGAUAUACAACUACAAUGUAUCUGAAAUACAGGAUAUGGAAGGAAUUCAGGCAAUCGUUGGGAUUUGCCCGCAAUUAAACUUACAUUUUGAAGUCUUAACAGUGAAGGAAAACCUGAGAACUUUUGCUCACAUCAAAGGGAUUCACAAGAAGGAAGUCGAGCAAGAGGUGCAGAAAGCUCUGACAGCGUUGGAUCUCACCGAUCUUCAGGAUGUCCGCCCUGAUACUCUGAGUGGGGGACAAAAAAGAAAAUUGUCUCUUGGAAUUGCAAUUUUAGGGAAUCCAAAGGUGUUGCUUUUAGAUGAGCCAACAGUGGGGUUAGAUCCCUCCUCCAGGCAGCACAUAUGGCGUCUUCUGACGGAAAAUAAAGCUGGUCGUGUGACGCCCCAGUUCAUGGAUGAGGCUGAUAGUCAUGCUGAUCGGAAAGCUUUUCUCUCAAAUGGGAGAUUACAGUGUAUUGGUUCAUCUCUUUACCUGAAGAGAAAAUGGGGAGUUGGCUAUUAUUUAAGGAUGCACACAAAUGACCUGUGUGACCCUGACAUCAUCUCAUCCCUGGUCAAACAGUAUAUCCCUGAUGCUACGUUCAGAGGAAAGAAGGACGAUGAACUGUGUUACAUGCUACCUGCAGAAAACACCGAUAGCUUCCCAGAUCUGUUCAGCCAUCUCGACAGUAAACUCUUGCAGGGGAUUGUUAAUUAUGAGGUUAGCAGGACAACUCUGGAAGAUGUUUUCCUGAAGCUGGAGGGUGAGGAAGCUGUUGAUCAAGAAGAUGAUGGUGUUUUUAGUAAUGAACACGCAGAAGAUGGAGACUGCUUUAACCUUGAGGAGAUGGACCAAAGCCUUUUGGCGCUUUGGGAGAGAGGGAGAGCCACAGUAAGCGGCAUGGAGCUCUGGAGACAACAAGUUCGUGCGAUGGCAAGAGUUCGCUUCUUAAAGCUAAAGCAUGAAGGAAAAUUACUCAGGUCCUUAUUGCUGUUCUUCGGAGUAUUUAUCCUUCCUAUGCUUAUCUCUCUUACUGAAUUUCAACUACUGGACAGCUUCAAUAGCUGGGAACUGACUGCUGGUUUGUAUUUUCUUCCUGGUGAAGAGAAAACUCAUAUUAAGUCAACGAAUCUUCUUAUCUUCAAUGACACAGGAUCAGAAAUUGAGGAUUUCAUUCAUGCUUUGAAGAGUCAGAAGAUAGUGCCAGAAAUAGCUAUUGAGAAAAACAUCACAAGUAUGCCAUUGUAUAAUGGAGCUAUAAAAAUAUCCCUGGAAGGCAAGCGCUACCAAUACACGAUCAUGUGCAGUGCGGAGCCCAUCAACUGUUUUCCAGUGCUCAUGAAUAUCCUCAGCAAUGCUCUUUUAGGGCUCUUCAAUUCCACAGCACAUAUUCGCAUCUGGAAUGACCCCUUUCAUGAUGUACGAAACCCAACUACAAUGUAUGUUGUUUUUUCCAUCUCUGUCGCUUACAUGCUGAUUUUAGUUGCUGGUUUGCCUUCUCACUUUGCAGUGAGUAGCAUGGAGGAUUACAAGCUCAAGGCUCGCGCCCAGCUGCGGCUCGCUGGGCUCUUCCCCUCGGCGUACUGGUGUGGGCAGGCGCUGGUGGACGUCCCGCUCUUCUGGGCCCUCAUCAGCCUCAUGUUUGGGAUCCUGCUUUUGUUCUGUCGCAUCAGUCUCUUUAGUACCGGCACGAUUCUUUCUUUGAUUGUUUGCAUUGCUGGUUAUGGAGUAUCUCUUGUUCUGCUCAUCUAUUUAAUUGCGUUUAGAUUUCGCAAGGGACGGAGCAAUCGUUAUGUUUGGUCUUUCAUCCUUAUUCUGAUUAACUUGUUUUUCUGUUCACUUAAUGACCAAGAAGAAAUAACCUGUUCAGUCUUUUCUGCUUUGAUUCCUAUGUUUCCAUUGCUGGGCUGGUUUAUCUUGUCUCUGUCUGAAUUAUACGAGGUCUACGGUGGCAGUCCUUCUGAAACAAGGAGUAACGUCUUGACAGCUGUCUUUGCACCUUAUAUCCACUGUGUGAUUUUUGCUUUUCUCCUUCGCUGUUUGGAGAUGAGAUACGGAGGAGCAGUUAUGAAAAGUGAUCCCAUCUUCAGGAUCCAUCGCAAGAAAUUGGUUGCCCGCCAGAACAGGGACCAUCCGGGAGAGGAAGCUGCAGAAGUUCAAGCUGAAAGGGAGAGAGUUAGGAGCAUGAUAGCUUCUCUGCCACAGGAAGAGGAUCCAGUUAUCGUUGUCAACAGUGUGCGUAAGGAAUAUGAAGACAAGAAAGCCAGCUCCUUUUUCAAGAAAAAAAAGAAAGUUGCUGUCAAAAAUCUCUCUUUCAGCGUUAAGAAAGGCGAAAUAUUAGGACUGUUAGGACCCAACGGAGCUGGAAAAAGCUCAACUAUAAAUAUGAUUUCUGGAGACAUAACACUGACUGCCGGGGAGGUGCUGAUCAAGGGCAGCAAUGCAGCUGCCUCUUCUCCAGGGUGGGACGGCCCUUGGCUCAUGGGGUACUGCCCUCAGGAGGACCCGCUCUGGCCUGAUCUCACAGUGCAAGAACAUCUGGAGACCUACGCUGCUGUGAAAGGGAUGAGGAAAGAAGAUGCAGCUGUUAACAUCAGUUGCAUAGCAGAGGCCCUGGAGCUCCAGAAGCAUUUAAAAACAGCAGUUAGGAGGUUGUCUGCAGGAGAAGCUAGAAAGCUGUGUUUUGCGCUGAGCAUUCUGGGUGACCCAACAGUCAUGCUUUGGGACGAGCCGUCAGCGGGCAUGGAUCUGAAAGGGCAAUGCCGUAUGUGGAAAGCAAUUCAGACCGCACUGAAAAGCAAGGAGAGGGGAGCCAUUCUCAGCACAGACGACCUGGACAAGGCCGCGGCGAUGUGCGACCGGGUGGCCGUCCUGGUGUCAGGGCAGCUACGCUACAUCGGUUCAAUUGAGGAUCUGAAAAGUAAGUUUGGCAGAAGUUACUACCUGGAAGUCAAAAUGAAGGAUGCGGGGCAAAGCGAUGUUGUCCAUGCCGAAAUUCUACGGCUCUUCCCUGAGGCAGCUCGGCAGGAAAGUUCUUCUUCUUUGCUGAUCUACAAGAUACCAGUGGAAGAUGCACUACCUCUGUCCCAGGCUUUUUCCAAGCUAGAAGCAGCUAAGCAAAAUAGCAGGCUUGAGGAGUACAGCUUGUCUUUGCGCACCUUGCAACAGAUGUUUGUAGAGCUCACCAAGGACCCUGAAGAACAUGACCAGGAUGCAGCGUCCAGUGAAGCUCAGGAUUGGAGACCGCUUCAUCCCAGAGUCCUUUAAGCCAGAAAGGAAAUCUUUCAAUAUGUUUUAUCAAUAUUAUUAAUAUGUGUGAUUUAAUACAGACCUGGGACCUGGUUGUCAGUGUCACAACACAUGCAGCUCUGCAAGUUUUCUGUUGCACCAAAAAAUAUGUAUAUGUUUUAAUAAAUAAAGCCUUGAUUC